AUGGUCACAGGAAUAGAGGCAACAGGUGUGGCUCUAGCCAUCCUUCCCUUGGUUGUGAAUCAGCUGGAUAAUUAUGCACGGGGACUCGAAAAGAUAAAGGCCUUGCGACGAUAUAAAUGGCAGCUGGAAGACUUUUCGAGUGGACUUAGUGCCCAGUACGCCAUGAUGGUCAAUACUUUAGAGCUUUCCUUGGAGGGUGUGGUCGACGACCAUGAUCAAAGGUCCGACUUGAUCAACAACCCAAGAGGUCCCGGGUGGAAAGACCCAACAUUCCAAAGUCGACUGACACAAAAGCUCGAUCGGGACUAUGUCCCCUUUACUGGCACAGUACGAGCACUAUGUCGCUUAUUGGAAGACCUUUCCCGCAAGCUCGGGUUAGAGACAGGAGAUUACUGCAACGCGAUAUCAAUAAACCCGUUAAGCGCCCUCAAGUUUCGAAAAGUGUUUAACGCAGCGAUAUAUGAAGACCUGUUAGACAAGAUCGACAAGACAAACCAGAUCUUGAAAACGAUAAGCGAGCAGUCUCAACAUCGCGAACAGUAUCGCAAGGGACCAGCGAGACGAAGAAGAAACCUCAACCGAUACCGAGAAAAGAGAGCCCAUGCAAAUGCUCUCUAUAGUAUCAUCAAAAAAGGCCGAAACUGCUGGAAUUGUUCAUCUCAAGAUGCCCACUUCGUUGCCCUUCAGCUCAACACAGAUUGCAAGGAUAUCACAGAUGACACACACCUUGACCCCCAAAUCACCAGCUUCCAUAUGAUUGUAUCGCCUCCAGAGAACUGUUCAUCCACAAAAGACCGAAGGCGCUGGCAUGAAAUCAAAGUGCAAACUGAUCGAAGUGCCCAAUGGCCCCGCACCUCACGAGACUCCGAUUCAGGAGUUCAACGGUUAACUCGAGCAUCCAAAGUCCAUUUCGAACUGCCAAGAACAAAAUGCAUGGAAAACGCUCAGCCAACACCAACGUCUCUGGGUGGGUCGUCUAGCGCCGGUCUAUGUUCCGCAUUUGAUCAGGUUAAUAUAACAUCGCCGAAUUCCAGUUCCGAAUCCAUUGAUUACAUCUUCGGAAACAAGGCCACAGAGACGGGGUACUGCAUCAGCCUAGUUCGCACUAUUCAACAUGAAAUACAUCUCCAUUCUUUACAACAAACCCUUCUUGGCUCUCCAUCCACCCCUGAGUCCCCCAUCCAAACCUCAGAGGAGUUGAGCCGCCGAGACAGACUCUACCUUGCAACACAACUCGCGUGCAGCCUCCUCGAGCUACACGGAACCUGGCUCCAGCAACACUGGGGAACGAAAGAUAUUUUCUUCCUCCGUGGUAAGGGAUCUCAACUCUCACAAUACGAACGCCCAUAUCUCUUGCGCACAGGUCUGAAUGUACCCGAAACAGACGCAAAUGGGUUGGCUUACCGAGUACACGAUGGUCAAGACUCUAGUCGACACUCGAAUAAAACGCUGUUUCCUCUUGCACUGGCAUUGAUAGAGUUGUCCCUAGGAAAGGCAAUAUCAUCCCUGCGUCGGCCUGAAGAUGGAGAGGCUUCGGAGGAUAUGUCUAUCCUCAACACUGUAACAAGGUUGCUGCGAACGGUAUAUUGGGAAAGUGGGUCAAAUUAUGGAGACGUUGUCAAAGAGUGUUUGUAUUGGUCUCGAAGUAAAGGUGAUGGGUUUGAGGAUCCUUCCUUUGACGAGUCGGUGUUCGACACAAUUGUGGCCCCUCUACUGAAAGACUAUGACUACUUCGAAGGCCUGUCCAUGAGAAUGUAG